AUGUCGCCCGCCGCACCACCGCUGGCACCCGCUCCGCUGGCUGCUGCGAUGGCGGCUGCUGCUGCGACGGCGGCUGCCCCAGCACCGGCGCAAACUCCGCCAGUAAAGCUCUCGAAACUGCUCUCCUACCUGCUCCGCCACGGCGCCGCCAAGGAGGGCCUGUCGCUGCGUGACGACGGCAGCAUCCAGCUCAGCACCCUGCUUGAACACCCGAAGCUGCGCAGUACUACCUUUGACCAAAUCAAGCACGUCGUCGACACCAACGACAAGAAGCGCUACGCGCUGUUCCAGGACCCGGCCACCAGCACCUGCAUCAAGAUCAAACAGCCGCCGCUGACCAAACUGACUCCUGCUACGCUGCCCGCAAAUGUCAUCCACGGGACCACCCGGGCAAAGUACGCAUUGAUUCAGCAGCAAGGACUGAGCCGUAUGGGCCGCACACACAUCCAUUUUGCCACUGGCCUGGCUGGCGAGCAGCAGGUCAUCAGCGGUAUGCGAGUGUCCGCCAACACAUUCAUAUAUGUGGAUGCCGUGCGGGCGAUGCAGGAUGGCAUUGACUUUUAUCUGAGCGAGAACGGCGUUGUUCUGUCAGCAGGCGAAGGCGACUCUGGUGUUAUUCCGCCAGAGUAUUUUAGCAAGGUCGAGUUCAAAGACUAG